AUGAGGCCACGAAAUUUCUGUUUGGACAAGAAAACAACAGCUGUGAAUUGGAUUGAGGGACGUGGGAAGUUGGUGGUGUGUGAGGCUAUAAUUAAGGAGGAGGUGGUGAAUAACGUGUUGAAGACCAUCGUAGAGGCCGUAGUGGAGCUUAACAUGCUAAAAAACCUUACUGGUUUAGUCGUGGCUGGUGCUCUUGGUGGGUUCAAUGCCCAUGCCAACAAUAUCAUGUCUGCUAUCUACAUUGCCACUGGUCAAGAUCCUGACCAGAAUGUGGAGAGUUCUCACUACAUCACCAUGAUGGAAGCUGUCAAUGGUGGCAAGGACCUUCACAUUUUUGUGACCAUGCCCUCAAUUGAGGUACAACGCUUCUCUCAUGUUUUACUAUUUCUCUGUUAUUGGGGAAAAUUCUUGCAUUACAAUGCUUGGAGUAAUGCUUCCAAAAACGAGUUUCCCCAAUUGAAAAAAGCACUUUGCCCUAAUUGGAAAUCUGACUUAAGACCCCCAGACGCAUUUUCUACUUAA